AUAUGUGAGACCUCUCUUGUUAAUGGACUUGAUUGUCAGCUCAAUGGGGGCAGUGAGACCGGCAGCUGUACUAGCACUAAUAGUGAAGCAGCUACUGACCGAUCUCGUCUGCGGACUAGAUCAGCUUCUCGGGCUGCUGCUGCUGCUGCUGCUGUAACUACAUCUACGUCAGCACCAAUAGCUGUUUCAUCUGCCGCUGCUGUUACUUGCUCUGCUAUGAAUACCUCCCCUACUGGUUUGUCCACGCCUCCAGUAUCUGCAGCUUUGUCGACAAUGACAACUCGUAAGCGGCAGCACAACUUUCUGGCUACAUCUGCGCUCAGUCAUAGUGACCUGUCUACUCCUGCCAACUCUGCAAGGACAUCCUUAAACACUUCACGGGGCCAUUCGCCGACUCUAGACACUGCUGCCGGCUCUACAACUUCGUCAGGUUUGGGUUGCUGGUUGAGGCCUCGGCAUAAGCGAGAACGUGAUAGUUUGAACGGUCUGACUACCGAUCGAGGUAAUACUAUCAGUGCCAUUAGUAGCAGUAAUACUAGCAGCUACAGUGAUAGUAGUGACGAUGGCAGCAGCAUUGGUGAGCGCCCAAUUCGUUCUGAUAGUCGUCACUCUGCCAGACGCAUUGAUUCAGAGCGGUGCCAGCAGAGGAAGGAAAAUGGUGAUGACGCGGAGGAUGACGUAGAAUUGGUUGACGAGGUCUCUGCUAAUCUUGAAUUUCACGGUAGAGGUGAUGAAGGCAAUUGCUAUCAGACUUCUAAGUUAGCGGUGACGGAUUUGACGUCUAUAUGCGAUAAUGGUUAUACUGCCAGCGCUAGAUGUCGUUCUCAUCCAGAGUCUGCGCCUGCUCGAAUCAACUCAACUAAUUGUCGUCCUGUUAGCGCUGCCGUAACGAGCAACAUGGCGGCCUCUAUAUCGACUCAUCUUCUCGAUUCGGCGGCUGACUCACCCUGGCUGACUAGUCUAACUGCUACAGUUGCUGCUGCGGCACAAGCGGUGGCACGUGCCCUUAAAACCACCACCAGAGCCGUGGCAGUGGCUGCAGCGUCCUCCACUCCCCAUGGCGUCGGUCUGUCCCUCAGGGCCAGGAAGCGGGAUCGUGGGGCUCGGAGACAAAUUUUCCGGUUGCUCCAAUUGAGGGCCAGACGUAGGCAUCAUACGCGCCAGCGAAGUAUGAACAGAAUCAAAAGUCAAAGAGGGAGGAGUAGUGGAAUGAUUUACUCAGGCACUUUAAAACUGAAUCGAACUACACAGGGAGCCACACGCUGCUGUCUGGCUAAGAAAUUGACAGAAUCAGCUGUAAAACCGCCUACUUCUGGGCCUGAUCGUUUGGAUCACUUUUCAGAUGAUAACAUAUUAACUUUAGCUUUGGAUGGCAGAGGAGAUCGUAAGGCUGAUCGUUUCGAUGCUUCUGAAGUUGGUGAAGCUUGGAGACUCAAGAGGGGGCAGCCACAUACUCUUAAGCGUUUGCGGCACAGUUCAUCUCCCUCUAUUUCCGCUAGCACUGGCUUCACCGCCACAGCCACAACACCAAUUUCCAACCUACCCUCAUUCUCUAUCAAUGGAAUUUGCUUGACUGAAGGGCCUGCCGCCAAGCGCUCCUGUUACAGUCCCCUACUUUUGUCACGGGCCCCACUCUCUUCGCGUUCAAACCGAUCGCGGCCCAUCUCUGGUCUGGCUGCCAUGCUCAGUGGUUUGCCCACAGUACGACUGACAAAAUUCGAUAAUGAGAAGCAAGAACUAGAGCUUAGACGAGAAGGUCUGGCUAAACAUUGUUUGGAUCUCGCUAAGCGGGAGCCGGACGAAGUAGGUGGUCGAGGCGACAGUCAAUCGACCGGUUGGUCGACGUCUUGUGAGCCCACAGAUUUGACGCCAGAACCUGAUUUUCUAUCAGAAUGUCGAGACUUAUUGGUAAAGGUAAGAAAGCUGAUCUCCAUAUUUUUCUUGAGUCUUGGAUAG